CCCACCCUCCAACCGUGAUUGAACCGGAGGAAGCCAUUCCCUUUGAGAUCCACCCAUGCAUUUCAAACCCCCCCUGCAAGCCGAAACACUUGGACCACUCACACACAGACGACACCUGCAAGAGAGAGAGAGAGAGAGAGAGAGAAAAUGGCGAACGCAGACGUGGAAGCGGUGGACUUCGAGCCGGAGGACGACGAUCUCAUGGACGAGGACGGCACUGUUGACGUCGACGCUGCUUCGCCUAGGGCUCCUCUCCCAAAGCUCAAGUCCGCCAUUACCGGCGGCUCUUCCGCCUUCGCCGCCGCCACUGCUCCCAAGAAGACCAAAGGCCGUGGUUUCCAAGAAGAGUCUGAUGCCGAUCGCAACAACCGCUUGGCCGGUCGCUUCGACUCUCUCAACUCCGAUGGCGGCCCCGGUCCUGAACGAUGUCUGUUCUCUCUCCCCCUCUCUCUGUAG